GGCGGGUGCGCGCUCUGCCCGGGCCGCCCGCGGCCUCCUCCCGCUCUGCUUCCCUCCCUGCUUCCCUCCUUCCCUCCCUCCUUCCCUGCUUCCUUCCCUCCGGCUCUGCACGGCCUCCGCCGCCGGAACGCCUCUGCGGUACAUUUUAAUUAUCAGUCAAGAUGGAUAUCCGAGGUGCUGUGGAUGCUGCUGUCCCAACAAACAUCAUUGCUGCCAAAGCUGCUGAAGUUCGGGCAAACAAAGUAAACUGGCAGUCGUAUCUCCAAGGUCAGAUGAUUUCAGGUGAAGACUGUGAAUUUAUUCAGAGAUUUGAACAGAAAAGAAAUCCAGAAGAAAAACAGGAGUUGUUGCAAACAGAAGGCAAUCAAUGUGCUAAAACAUUUAUAAACUUGAUGACUCAUAUCUCCAAGGAACAGACUGUUCAGUACAUUCUGACUAUGGUUGAUGAUAUGCUGCAAGAAAAUCAUCAACGUGUUUGCAUCUUCUUUGAUUAUGCAAAACGUGGUAAAAACACUGCAUGGUCCUAUUUUCUGCCAAUGUUGAAUCGACAAGAUCUCUUCACUGUGCAUAUGGCAGCAAGAAUUAUUGCCAAACUGGCUGCUUGGGGGAGGGAGCUUAUGGAAGGCAGUGACUUGAAUUACUAUUUCAACUGGAUUAAAACUCAGCUUAGUUCACAGAAACUACGUGGUACAGGCGGUUCUGUGGAUGCAGGAGCAGUCUCCACAACUGAUAGUUCCCAGUAUGUACAAUGUGUUGCUGGAUGUCUGCAGCUGAUGCUCAGAGUCAAUGAAUACCGCUUUGCAUGGGUAGAAGCAGAUGGAGUAAAUUGCAUCAUGGGUGUCUUGAGCAACAAAUGCGGUUUUCAGCUCCAGUAUCAGAUGAUUUUCUGUGUGUGGCUGCUGGCAUUUAGCCCUCAAAUGUGUGAAUAUCUUCGUCGGUACAAUAUUGUCCCUGUGCUGUCGGAUAUUCUUCAGGAAUCUGUCAAAGAGAAAGUAACCAGGAUCAUCCUUGCAGCAUUUCGGAAUUUGUUAGAGAAGUCUACUGAGAGAGAAACUCGCCAAGAAUAUGCUCUUGCCAUGAUUCAGUGUAAGGUUCUAAAGCAGCUAGAGAAUUUGGAUCAGCAGAAAUAUGAUGAUGAAGACAUCAGUGAAGAUAUCAAAUUUCUACUGGACAAGCUUGGUGAGAGCGUGCAGGACCUUAGCUCCUUUGAUGAAUACAGCUCUGAGCUCAAGUCAGGAAGACUGGAGUGGAGUCCUGUGCACAAAUCUGAGAAGUUUUGGCGGGAGAAUGCUGUAAGACUAAAUGAGAAGAAUUACGAACUACUCAAGAUCCUGACAAAACUUCUGGAGGUUUCUGAUGAUCCGCAGGUGCUGGCUGUAGCUGCUCAUGAUGUGGGAGAAUAUGUACGACACUAUCCCCGUGGGAAACGAGUGAUUGAACAGCUUGGUGGCAAGCAGCUGGUCAUGAACCACAUGCAUCACGAAGACCAGCAAGUUCGUUAUAAUGCACUGCUGGCUGUGCAGAAGCUGAUGGUUCACAACUGGGAAUACCUGGGGAAGCAGUUGCAGUCAGAACAACCUCAGACGGCCACUGCACGGAGCUAAACAAUUCCAUCAGUUCAUGCAGUUUGUGCUUACAACUACUGUGUGUUUCUCUUUAAAUGAAUACAAAGGAAAUUCUGAAAUCACA